AUGGGGAAUUUCAGACAGCAUGUCAAUCGGAAGCGAAAGGAACGCGAGAGGAAACGGAACCGGAAAAACUCGAAGCGAUUACCGAUGAAAAAAGAAUCAACAAUGGAAAAAGCUGUGUUGAGCGCCUUGAAGAUCGGCUCAAGUGAACCCAAACGGCAUUCUCGGAAGGGUAGCUCAACGUCCAGAUGUCCACGGGAGGCACCAAAGAACAGUCCAGGAUCGAGCGUCGGCAGUGACAAGCACAAGAGUAGCCUGGCGAAUCUUCGGGUGGAUCCUGCUAAGAGACGAGAUCCUCCGAGCGAAGCGGAGCUGGAGUACAGACUAAAACAUCGCACGCUGCUCAGAGGGAAGAACGGCCGGCUGAAGGACAGCAUCGAGAAGCUGGAGAGGAAUUACCUGUUGUUCGGCUUUCCACAGGAAGAUCUCAAGGAGAUGAACUCUGAUGGCUCGUCGGAGGGCGACGAUGAACCCGCGAGCCGCAAUCGGAACUCUUUGGCUAGGGAAAUGAAAAAACUUGAACUUGAGCCCGCCAAAGAAGACGAUGAGGACGAGAUCAUCGACGUUGUGAAUUAUCCCACUAUCGUGGGAACGCACGGCAGCAAGGCGCUCCAACAAAUGAGAGUAGCUCAGUUCCGGAUGAUAAACGAGAUGCUGUAUACCUCCAAGAGUGACGAGGCAGAGCAGCUGUUCAAUGAGGACCCGAAUAACUUCCAAGUGUACCAUGAGGGGUAUCGUCACCAGGUAGGCAGAUGGCGCCUGAAUCCCCUCGACAGAAUCAUCUCGGAAAUCAAGGAGUCGUUCCCUCGAACCUCAAGGAUCGCUGAUCUCGGUUGCGGAGAAGCUAAACUGGCCGAGGUUCUCAAACCUCUCGGAUUCCAGAUUCAUUCUUUCGAUCUCGUUGCUGCGAAUGAGCACGUGGUGGCGUGCAACAUACGGAACGUGCCCUUGGCGGCUGAAAGCGUGGACCUGGCUGUCAUGUGCCUUUCGUUGAUGGGGACUGACAUGGGUCAGUUUGUACUUGAAGCGAAUCGUAUUCUAAUACCAAACGGCGAACUUCUGAUUGCGGAAGUUGAGAGCAGAAUGCCAUCGGUCGAGUUGUUCGUGAAAGCUAUGAAGCGGUACGGCUUCGCCUUGAAAUACAAGGAUACAGCUCGUGUCUUCCAUUUCUUCAGUUUUCGAAAAUCGAAAACCAUGCCUAGAGGAGCGGAAAAUACCAUGGACAAUGUUUUGUGGCUGAAUCCUUGUUUGUACAAAAAACGCUGA